AUGGGAUUUUCCGGCGGAGGCGGCCUGAGGCUUUUGCAUUGUCUUCUCCUCUACUCAGCCUGGCAGGUGGGGAGCGGCCAGGUCCACUACUCGGUGACGGAGGAAGCGAAACACGGUACGUUCGUGGGACGAAUGGCUCAAGAUUUGGGUCUGGAAGUUGGGGAGUUGGUGUGUAGGCUGUUCCGGAUGGUAUCUCCCGACCGUAGGGACUACCUGGAGGUAAACGUGCAGAAUGGCAUUUUGUUUGUGAAUUCGCGGAUCGACCGUGAGAAGCUGUGCGGCCGCCACCCUGUUUGUAGCAUCCACCUGGAGGUGAUCGUGGAGAAACCGCUUCAGGUUUUCCAUGUGGAGGUAGAAAUCAAGGACAUUAAUGACAACCCGCCUGUGUUCUCUGUAUCACAAAAGAAGCUGUUUAUUUCUGAAUCCAGCCCACUAGACUCUAGGUUUCCACUAGAGGGCGCAUCGGAUGCAGAUAUCGGAGUGAAUACUGUUCUGACCUAUAGGCUAAGCCCUAAUGAUUUUUUCACUUUAGAUAUACAAAACAAUGAUGAACAAAUUAAACCUCUCGGACUAAUAUUAAAGAAACUUCUAGACAGAGAAGAAACCCCUGAGCUUCACUUACUGCUUACAGCCACUGACGGGGGCAAACCAGAGCUUACUGGAACAGUUGAGCUACAGAUCACAGUGUUAGAUGUGAACGAUAACGCCCCUAAAUUCGACAAAAAAAUCUAUAAAGUUAGAUUAGCAGAAAAUUCUUUAAACGGGACAACGGUAAUAAAAGUAACUGCCUCAGAUAUGGACGAAGGAGCAAACAGUCAAAUUACUUACUCAUUUGAGAGUGAUGUCCCCGCAAAUGUACUGUCUAAGUUCUCAAUAGAUCCGAUGGAUGGAGACAUCAGAGUGAUCGGAGAAAUGGACUUCGAAGAAAGUAAAUCAUAUCAAAUCCAAGUAGAGGCGACUGAUAAGGGAAUUCCCAAGAUGGUGGGUCACUGCACGAUCUUGGUGGAAGUAGUAGACACCAAUGAUAAUGCUCCCGAAGUGGCGGUAAAGUCGCUGUCGCUUCCGGUCCCAGAAAACUCUCCAUCAGGCACAGUGAUAGCUCUCAUCAGCGUGUCUGACAGAGACUCAGGUACCAAUGGGCAGGUAACUUGCUCUCUGUCACCGCCAGGGCCUUUCACGCUCCUGUCCACCUUCAGAAAUUACUACUCGCUGGUACUAGAGGGUUCUGUGGACCGCGAGAGAGUGUCGGCUUACGAGUUAGUGGUGACUGCGAGGGAUGGCGGGUCGCCAGCGCUUUGGGCCACAGCAAGCGUGUCUGUGGCCAUUGCUGACGUGAACGACAAUGCACCUGCCUUCGAGCAGCCUGUGUAUACAGUGUUCGUGAAGGAGAACAAUCGACCCGGCUGUCAUAUUUUCACAGUGUCCGCCUCAGACCUGGAUGCACAGGAGAACUCGCUGGUGUCUUACUCACUGGUGGAGCGGCGGGUAGGGGAGCGUACUCUAUCGAGCUACGUGUCUGUGCACUCCGAGAGCGGGAAAGUGUUUGCUUUGCAGCCCCUGGACCACGAGGAACUGGAGCUGCUGCAGUUCCAGGUGAGCGCUCGCGACGCAGGCUUCCCUCCUCUGGGCAGCAAUGUGAGCCUGCAGGUGUUCGUGCUAGACGAGAAUGACAACGCGCCAGUGGUACUGCCGCCCUACGCUGGCGUUAGUCUGGUGACCGAGCUGGUAUCACAGUCAGUGGCUAUGGGCCAUGUAGUGGCGAAGAUCCGGGCUGUGGAUGCAGAUUCAGGCUACAACGCGUGGCUCUCUUAUGAGCAGCUGCCAGAGGUGGGCGUUGCUGGUAGCCCUUUCCGAGUGGGUCUGUACACCGGCGAGAUCAGCACUACUCGGGCCUUGGAGGAGAUUGAUGGGCUGAGUCAGAUGUUGCUGGUGUUGGUAAAAGACCACGGGGAGCCUCCUCUAUCAGCCACCGCCACUCUAAGUAUAUCUGUUGUGGAGAGCCGGCAGGCUCUUAAGGCUUCUUCUGGUGUGUCCAGAUCAGUGGCUAGUGCAGGGAAGGAAGCAAUGGCACUGGAUGUGAAUGUUUAUCUAAUAAUCGCCAUCUGCUCAGUGUCCAGCCUGCUGGUGCUGAGUCUGCUGUUGUAUGUAGCACUUCGAUGUUCGAGGCCCCAACCGGGUAUUUAUGGGCCACGGAAGUCCACGCUGGUGUGUUCCAGUGAGAUUGGAAGCUGGUCCUAUUCCCAGCAGCGGCGGCAGAAGGUCUGCUCUGGAGAGGGAGGUGCCAAAAGUGACUUUAUGGCCUUCAGCCCCAACCUCCCUCCGUGUUCUGGCCCAGCAGACAGUACCGAGCAGCAGGCAGUGGCGCAGGAUCAUUCUGCCAAGAUCAGCAAGCAGCAUCAGAGCACCAAGAUCCAGGGUGAAAUUGAUACCCACAGUGGUUAG